AUGCGUGCCAUGUCGACAACAUAUUACAUAUACGCGAACCCGCAGUAAUAACGACGAUAGCCAACCGAGACCGAGGCAGUGCACGCAUGCACGGGCGCCAUGGAGAUGAUAAGCCGCAGCCUGCAGAGCGUGAGCCCGGACGUGAGCGUCUACUUCUCCGGCGGGUCCUCCCGGCGGCGGAGCGGGGCAGGGGAGAGCGACGAUGAGGAGGCGCUGCGGUGGGCGGCGCUGGAGCGGCUGCCGUCGUUCGAGCGGCUGCGCACGGGCAUCCUGCGGUCCGAGGCCCAGGCCGGGCGCCGGCGGUUCGCGCACGAGGAGGUGGACGUGCGCAUGCUGGAGGGCCCCCAGCGGCAGGCCUUCGUGGAGAGCGUCUUCCGGGUCGCCGACGAGGACAACGAGCGCUUCCUCAAGAAGCUCCGCGCGCGCAUUGAUCGCGCGGGCAUCGUGAUCCCGACGGCGGAGGUGAGGUUCAAGAGCCUGAACGUGGAGGCGGAGUGCCACGUCGGGAGCCGCGCGCUGCCGACGUUGGCGAACGCGACGCUGGACACGGUGGACGCCAUGCUGGGGCUCGCCGGGGUCAGCCUCGCCAAGACCAAGACCCUCCACAUUCUCAAGGACGUCUCAGGCGUCGUAAGGCCGUCCAGGAUGACACUCCUGCUCGGCCCACCGUCUUCAGGCAAGACGACGCUUCUGCUGGCGCUGGCCGGCAAGUUGGACCCCACUCUGAAGGUGCGCGGGGAGGUGACGUACAACGGCUACGCCCUGGACGAGUUCGUGCCGCAGAAGACGGCGGCGUACAUCAGCCAGAACGACGUCCACGCCGGCGAGAUGACCGUCAAGGAGACCCUCCACUUCUCCGCCAGGUGCCAGGGGGUAGGCCACAGAUACGAGUUGCUCCAGGAGCUGACCAAGAAGGAGAGGCAGCUGGGGAUUUAUCCUGACCCAGAGGUUGACCUCUUCAUGAAGGCCACUUCAGUCGAAGGGAGCACACUGCAGACAGACUACAUUCUCAGGAUCCUCGGGCUGGACAUGUGCGCCGACGUCAUGGUCGGCGACGACAUGCGGACCGGCAUCUCCGGCGGGCAGAAGAAGCGCCUCACAACAGGGGAGAUGCUGGUCGGCCCGACCAAGGUGCUGUUCAUGGACGAGAUAUCCACCGGCCUGGACAGCUCCACCACCUACCAGGUCGUCAGGUGCAUCCAGCAGAUUGUCCACCUGGGCGAGGCUACCGUGCUGGUGUCGCUGCUGCAGCCCGCGCCGGAGAUCUUCGACCUCUUCGACGACGUCAUGCUGCUCUCCGAGGGGCAGAUCGUCUACCAGGGUCCCAGGGAGUACGUGCUCGAGUUCUUCGAGAGGUGCGGCUUCCGCUGCCCCGAGAGGAAAGGAGCUGCUGAUUUCUUGCAAGAGGUUACAUCAAAGAAAGAUCAGGCGCAAUACUGGAUACAGAAUGAAAAGCCUUAUCACUAUGUAUCAGUACCUGAAUUUGUUUUAAAGUUCAGGAAAUUUCACAUGGGGAAGAGCCUAAAAAAGCAGCUUUCGGUUCCUUUCAACAAGAGAAAAAUCCACAAAUCUGCUCUGGUUUUCUCCGAUCAGUCUGUUUCAACUUCAGAGCUUCUCAAGACCUCGUUCUCCAAAGAAUGGCUUCUCAUGCAGAGAAACUCAUUUAUCUACGUUUUCAAAAUAGUCCAGGGAAUCAUAGUUGCUCUAGUAGCAUCAACGGUUUUCUUGCGUACAACGCUCCAUGAAGAUAAUGAGGAAGAUGGCCAAGUCUACCUAGGGGCACUUAUAUUUAUCAUGAUAGCUAACAUGUUCAAUGGUUUUGCCGAGGCAACCCUUACUCUCGCAAGGCUACCUGUAUUCUACAAACAUAGAGAUUUUCUAUUCUAUCGGCCAUGGCAUUUUACACUUCCAAAUGUUCUCCUGAAAGUCCCUAUGGCCUUGCUUGAGUCAAUAAUUUGGGUUGUAAUAACCUACUACCUCAUAGGCUUUUCCCCUGAAGCUAGCAGGUUCUUCAAACAUCUGCUUAUAGUAUUCUUGAUCCAGCAGGCGGCUGGAGGAUUGUUCAGGCUUGUUGCUGGCUUAUGUAGGACUGUUGUCGUCACUAAUACCGCUGGAUCUCUUGCCCUUCUGAUCAUAUUUGUAAUGGGAGGAUUCAUCCUACCAAGAGAUGCAAUUCCAAAAUGGCUGGUAUGGGGUUAUUGGUGUUCACCUCUUACGUAUGCAUACAUUGCUCUUGCUGUCAAUGAGAUGGAUUCUCCGAGGUGGCUGGACCAAUCUAUAGCUGAUGGAAGGCCAUUGGGAGUGGCAGUUCUAGAAAAUGCAGGUGUAUUCACUGACAAGGAGUGGUACUGGAUUGGAGCAGGUGCCCUUCUAGGGUUCACCGUUGUGUUCAAUGUGCUAUUCACACUAUCGCUCAUGUACCUGAACGCUAUUGGAAAACCGCAAGCCAUCUUGCCUGAAGAAACUGAUGGAUUUCCAGAGAAUGACUUUGAGCAAAAGAAGGAGCCACAUAUAACACAGAGAACUACGGUUCGAACAACAGAACCUACAUCCCCGAACUCAAUCAUCACAUUGGAUAAGGUGCUUGAACAAUUACGUGGCCGUUCCCCAAAUACUUCUGAUAGGUCUGUUGGAUAUGCUCCAGGAAGAGGGAUGGUUCUUCCGUUUGAACCUCUCUCCAUGUCUUUCAAUGAGAUAAACUACUAUGUUGACAUGCCUGCGGAGAUGAAGACUCAAGGAGUAACCGCUGAUAAGCUUCAGCUGCUGUCAGGGAUAUCUGGCGCUUUUCGCCCUGGGGUUUUGACUGCCCUUAUGGGUGUGAGUGGAGCUGGAAAGACCACCCUCAUGGAUGUCUUGUCUGGGAGGAAGACUGGUGGAUACAUUGAAGGGGAAGUCUACAUAUCUGGUUACCCUAAGAACCAAGCAACAUUUGCAAGAAUGUCGGGUUACUGCGAGCAAAAUGACAUCCACUCUCCACAGAUCACAGUCAGAGAGUCGCUACUCUUCUCUGCUUUCCUGCGCCUGCCUAAGGAGGUCACUGAUCAAGAGAAGAAGGUAUUUGUGGAUGAAGUAAUGGAACUAAUUGAACUGAGCGGUCUCAAGGAUGCUAUUGUGGGUCUCCCUGGUGUGAACGGUCUGUCGACUGAACAAAGAAAGAGGUUGACUAUUGCUGUAGAGCUUGUGGCAAACCCCUCAAUUAUCUUCAUGGACGAACCAACUUCAGGUCUUGAUGCAAGAGCUGCCGCAAUUGUCAUGAGAACUGUUCGAAACACUGUCAAUACUGGAAGAACUGUUGUCUGCACCAUCCAUCAACCAAGUAUAGACAUUUUUGAAGCUUUUGAUGAGCUGCUAUUACUGAAAAGAGGAGGUCAAGUCAUAUAUUCUGGACCGUUGGGUAGGAACUCCCAUAAAGUUGUCGAAUACUUUCAGGAAAUUCCUGGAGUCCCAAAGAUCAAAGAGAAGUGCAACCCAGCUACAUGGAUGUUGGAUGUAAGCUCUGCAGCAGCAGAAGUUCGACUGAAGAUUGAUUUUGCCGAAAGUUACAAAUCUUCGACUAUGCAUCAGCGGAAUAAAGCAUUAGUCAAAGAGCUGAGCAAGCCACCUCCUGGUACCAGCGACCUUUACUUCCCUUCUCAAUACUCACAGAGUUCCUUUGGUCAGUUUAAAUUCUGUCUCUGGAAGCAAUGGUGGACUUACUGGAGAAGUCCUGAUUACAACCUCGUCAGGAUGUUCUUUGCAUUUGUUACGGCCUUAGUGCUGGGGGUUAUAUUCUGGAGGGUUGGUCUAAAGAUGAGGAGCUCGGGUGAUCUUUUAGUCAUUGUGGGAUCAAUGUAUGCCGCUGUCAUGUUCGUUGGCUGCGAGAAUUGUAUCUGUGUUCAACCUGUUGUUGCUGUGGAAAGGACUGUAUUUUACAGAGAGCAAGCAGCUGGAAUGUACUCAGCUAUACCCUAUGCCCUCGCUCAGGUAGUUGUGGAGAUACCAUAUGUGUUCGUUGAGACUCUGGUUUAUACUCUUAUCGUCUACCCGAUGAUGUCUUUCGAGUGGACACUAGUAAAGUUCUUCUGGUUCUUCUAUGUUUCAUUCUUCACCUUCCUGUAUUUCACUUACUAUGGCAUGAUGACUGUCUCCAUAUCGCCAAAUGGUCAAGUUGCUUCUAUAUUUGCCGCUGCAUUCUACUCCUUUUUCAAUCUCUUCUCAGGGUUCUUCGUUGCAAGAUCGAAAAUCCCAAAAUGGUGGAUUUGGUACUAUUGGCUUUGCCCGGUGGCAUGGACAGUUUACGGGCUUGUUGUGUCACAGUACGGGGAUGUGGAAGAUCUUAUCAAGGUGCCUGGUCAACCCGAUCAGCAAGUCUCAGCUUUCAUCAAGAGCUACUUCGGUUAUGAUAACGACUUCAUGGGCGUCGUGGCGGUUGUGCUGGCUGGCUUCACUGUCUUCUUCGCUAUGAUAUAUGCUUACUGCAUAAAGACGUUCAAUUUCCAACAGAGAUAGAAACAAUGUGCGUCCAUUUUGUCAUGUAGAUUGCCAUGUGCACUACCCUUGUUAUAGUGUUAGUUUUGCUGCCCAUGGUUAUGCCCUGGUGUUUGAGCGAAUGGGUAGCUGAAGCAAGGAAGCAUUGUGCAAGACCAUGUAGUCUUUUUGUAUCUGAUAAUAUUUUAAAUGAAACCGUGCAAAAGUUAAGGGUCAAACAUAAAA